GUCUAACUAAUAGCACUCGACAAAAUGGUUACCAAUAUCAUUUCCAUCUAUAUUUUCAGGUGCUGGACUAUAAAUAACUACCAUGUCAAGACACUGCAUGAACCAAUAGGUGUUGCUAGAGAGAUCAUUCCCUAGAACUUUUCACCUCUGAUAUUUGCUUGGAAAUCCUACUCUUGCUUGGGUAACACCAUUGUCUUCAAACCCGCUGAACAAACUCUACUCACGGUUUUUUACGUUGUUGACAGGUAAAUGAAGAGAUAUGAAGUCUCUAGAGUCUACAAAAGAUGGAGACCAACCCUCAAUGUCGUUUUAGACAGCCUGUUGAUCAUGAUACUUCAGGGAUUUCAGACGGUGGAUCAAGAGCUUCAGAAGAUACAUAAGGAUAUACUUAAGCACAUGAAAGAGGCGGUUAUAGCGUCAGAAGCAAAACAGCAGGUCGUGAUGGAGCUUGAGGUGAAAGGGAGUGUCAUUGUUGAGCUAAAACUGGAACUCGCAUUGGCCGAGAAAGAACAAGCGAAACGAAGCUGAUAGUGGAGGAAAUGGAGCAAGGGAUAGCUAACGAGUUGAGUGUUGCAGCCAAAACAGGUGGCUGAGCAACACAUUUGUCAGUAGUUAAGAGCUAGGAAAUGUAAGAUAAGAAAUUGAAAUGGUCUCUAACUUAUAGAAGUUAAGUCCAAUAUUGGGAAAGCAAUUUCUGAAGUGAAAAGGUUGAAGAUAUCGUCGGAUCAUUGCAGUCUGAACUUGAAAGAGAGAAGAAAAGGUUGAAGAUAUCGUCGGAACAUUCCAGUCUGAACUUGAAAGAGAGAAGAAAUAUCUCUUAGAACCCAGCAUAGAGAAGCUAUAUCAGUUCAGAGAAACAUCGAAGAAGCAAGAGAGGAGAGAUGCAAAUAAAUAGCCAAGAAGAUGCAAAAACUUAAAAAAGAAUCAGAGGAGGCAAAGUCACUUGCUUUAGCUGCUCGAGAGGGGAUCAGAAAGGCGAAGGAAGAGUCAGGUGAAGCAAAGACAGUCUCUGCAAUAGAAAGCCAGUUCGUUGAUCUGAGGCAGAAAGGGAAAUAAGUGCCGUUAUGGAAUUAAUGGACCACAGUCACUUACAAUGUGGUCAUUGAAGCCUUUGGGAGGAGAAGGAGACUUGAAACGACAGGAAUAUAUUUAUUUAUUUAUGCUUAUGCAAUCUGAGAAAAUAAUAUAAAGCUGUGUUAACUACUGUCAUUUUAUAAGGAUUUAUGACAUAAAUGAUUUUGACUU